AGCGCACCAUCUCCGUGUCGGAACAGGAAGUGUCAUCAGGAAGAAAAAACAGGAAAAACAUAACUUUUUUUCUGGAGAAAAUGAGCCGAAUUUAUUACAACACGUCAUUACAAAACAAACCUGUACAUAACGUGAAAACUGACCGCGUGUGGUCUCCGUCCUCAUAUGAGAGUGGCGAUGGUGUUCUUGUCGAAGGAAAACUGGUGGAUGUUUCCAGACAUGCCAUCAGUGAUGUCAGCAGUCAGAAGGCUCGUUUCUAUGUGCUCUACGUCAAACCCAGCCGCAUCCAUUGGCGGAAGUUUGAUGCCAGCGGAAAAGAGAUCGAACCGAAUUUCAGUGACACCAAAAAGGUCAACACCGGUCACCUCAUGUCCUCCUAUAGAGAAUCUGACCGUCUGUCUGAGGAGCAGCUAGCGACAACUGUCAACAAAACAGAGCUGAUUCAGAUGACUGAUGAGUACCGACCAAAUGGGACCAUCGCCUUUUGGUACCCGGAAUCAGAAAUGGACAAAACGGAGCUCGAUGUAGGCCAGGACGUUCGGCUAAAGACUCGGGGAAACGGCCCUUUUAUCUUCACCUUGGCUAAAGUGGACAGAGGCACGGUCACCAAGUGUAACUUUGCUGGAGAUGAAAAUGCUGGAGCAUCGUGGACGGAGAAGGUUCUGGCCAACAAGGCGGAACCAGGCAGCACUCGGCGUCCCGGAGGAGAAGGAGAGGGAGCAGAGGACGAUGAAUGGGAUGACUGAGGAAAGACCAAACUGUCUCUUGGCCCUCUUCCAGUCUCCAGGUUGAACAGCUUGAACUUCAAUUCCUGGCUCUGUCUUUGGAUUGACCUCUACAUUUCACUGCGAUACUCAUUUUCCUGCGUGUGUUGCUUUGGGAC